UUCACUCUUGAACAGCAUCCGUCACUUCCUGCGCGGCAGUUCCUAAACCAGCUAAAAAGUUAGCAUGUAGUGACAGGUGUUGCAGCUUGUUUUUAUGAGCAAAUGUAUUAGUUUGAGUAUGCUGUUGGCCUUAUAAAAACUGGGCGAACUGAAAAUUUAAUUGUCUGUAAACCCGCGGUGAUAAUAUAUGAAAGUUUUCUCUGUUAAGUUUGACCGUUGUGGAUUUUAGUCUCUUUAGCUGUUGGCAACAGUUUGUUUGCAGCCGUCAAGCUAAACGCUUGCCCACGCCUGGAGUUUUCUCCACCAUGGAUCACCAAUUUACAGGUAACUGCGUGUUAAGGUAGAAAUCCUUCACCAUGUCCAACCAGCUGACUGCAGAGCAGCAGCGGAAGAUUGAGGAGAACAGACGGAAGGCUUUAGAGCGAAGAGCCCAAAGACAGCAGCCUCCAGCGGGCUGUAACGGUGCUUCGGCGCAGGCAGAUCUCUCCAAACAGAGCGAAAAUCACAGAAAUCCCCCUUUCUCUGCACCACCACGAUUUGUCCCACCCUUCAAAAAAGACUCUCAGAUGAGCAGCAACCAGAUAGACAGAACAAACCAUCAGCUUCAGCCUGGUUCCGGCAAUCAACUCAACCAAAAUACUCUGAAUAAUCCGCCCAGACAGGUCAGUGGCCCUCCUCGGACAAAUCAGCACUUGAACAGCCUUGGAUCAUCUGGUGGAAGAAGUGUUGGUAUCAAGCCAGUUCAGGCCACAUCUGUCACAUCUGGGAGUGCAGCUGGCUCAUUCUACAAGCCAGCCAGCAAACCUGGACAAGUCUCUGCCGUGCAGCCUCCUUCAAGCGCCAACACAAAAAAGGCCGCCAUCUCGGUGAGAGGGAAAUGUGUGCUUCAUGCAGAGAAUCGCUUCAAGGUGGAAGUGGGCUACCAUGCAGAGCUUAUUGCUGUUUUUAAGUCCAUCCCCUCAAAGAACUAUGACCCUGCUACCAAAACAUGGAACUUCAGUCUGGAUGACUAUAAACAGCUAAUGGAUCAGGCAGCUGCCAUUCCCUCUGUAUCUCUGAGACCUGUGGAGGGAAUCGGAGCUUUGGACUCUGCGGCAGCACCCGGCCGACCCUGUGACGGUGCAGUGCUAGCGGCGCUGCUGAAGCUCUGUAAUGGCUGGCAGAAACCCGGCGCCACAUUGCGAGGGCAGUGCAUUCUGGUGUCUCGGACCAAGUUUGAGGUUGACAUCCUUUACCAUGCUGAUGUCAUCGCAACAUUUAAGCAAAUGCCAACUAAAAACUAUGACAUGACCACACGAAAGUGGAGCUUUUCACUCGAGGAUUACAAGAGACUGAUGGAUCUGCUCAGUGGGAUAGCAGGAGUGGAGGUGGAGCCUCUUCCCAGACCAGUAAUCCAGGCGUUCGCUGCCAGGUUUGAUGGGAGUGAAGCCAAGUCUUUAGACGUCCCUGAGACGGACCUCUCAAGCAUCGACCCCACCCUCACCUCCAGCCUCAUGCCCUUCCAGAAGGAGGGAGUCAACUUUGCAGUGUCUAAACAAGGCCGCCUCCUCCUGGCUGACGACAUGGGCUUGGGAAAGACAGUGCAGGCCAUCUGUAUAGCAGCCUACUACAGGAAUGAGUGGCCUUUAUUAGUGGUGGCACCGUCAUCUGUUCGAUUCACCUGGGCUGAGGCCUUCAGACGCUGGCUCCCCUCCCUGAGUCCCGGCAGCAUCAACGUGGUGGUAAAGGCCAAAGACGACAUGCGGUCUGGAUUGGUCAACAUUGUCAGCUACGACCUGUUGAGCAGGAUGGACAAACAGCACCCAGGACACUCCUUCUAUGUUCUCAUUAUGGACGAAUCUCACUUUCUGAAGAACAUGAAGACUGCCCGUUGCAAAGCAGCCUUACCUCUGCUGAAGGCAGCAAAGAGGGUGAUUCUUCUGUCAGGGACUCCUGCAAUGUCCAGACCCUGCGAGCUCUACACCCAGAUUCUGGCCGUCAGACCUGCACUUUUCCCUCGGUUCCAUGAGUUUGGGGUUCGCUACUGUGACGCCCGCGAGAAGAACUGGGGCUGGGACUACUCAGGCUCCUCUAACCUCGGAGAGCUAAAGCUGCUGUUGGAGGAGUGUCUGAUGCUGCGCCGCCUCAAGGCUGAUGUCCUUUCCCAGCUUCCGUCCAAGCAGCGUAAGGUGGUCACAGUGACCAUAGAAGGGGUCAGUACCCGCACCAAAGCUGCUCUGUCAGCUGCAGCCAAGCAACUGGCCAAAGAUCAUCGGAGUAAAAUGGAGGAGAAGGAGGCCCUGCUCAUCUUCUACAACCACACAGCUGAAGCCAAGCUGCAGGCCAUUAUGGAGUAUAUCACAGACAUGCUGGAGUGUGGGAGGGAGAAGUUUCUCGUGUUUGCCCAUCAUAAAUUAGUCCUGGAUCACAUCACCGCCGAACUGCUGAGAAAGAGUGUCAGCUUCAUCCGCAUCGAUGGGGCGACUCCGUCAGCAGAGCGGCAGCAGCUGUGUGAAAAGUUUCAAUAUUCAUCCAAGUCCUGCGUGGCAGUGUUGUCCAUCACUGCAGCUAAUAUGGGUCUCACUCUGCACUCUGCAGAUCUGGUGAUCUUUGCUGAGCUUUUCUGGAACCCAGGGGUUCUCAUUCAGGCAGAGGACAGGGUUCAUCGUAUUGGACAGACUAACAAUGUCAACAUUCACUACCUGGUUGCCAAAGGAACUGCUGAUGAUCAUCUCUGGCCAAUGAUUCAGGCUAAAAUGAAUGUGUUGGAAAAGGUGGGUCUGUCAGAGUCAAACCUUUUGGACAAUGCUGUGAAUGCAAGCUUCCACUUAAAGGACCCGAAUCAGAAGAGCAUCAUGGAAAUGUUCCAGAGAUCUUUCUCUGAAGAAGACGACUUUGACGAGGCCAUCCUAUUGGAGGCUGCAGACUGGGAGGACAAUUCACCAGAAACAGCACCUGCUCGAUACUCCACUGGCACCAGUGUCGGCCAAGACCCUAACAAAAAAACAAUCAAAGACUUUUUCACCAGAUGACUCCAGAAAUGCUUCUGUAAAUUAAGAAACUACAUUAACAUCAACUGUAUUCGUUCUCUGGUGUCAAAUCUUGCUCCUUAUUUGUGUCUAUCAUGACUUAAGUUCAAUACUUUAGUUCUUUUUCAAAUGUAAAAUAGGUUAAAUAUGUUAAAGUUACCUUUUAAUCUUCUACUAAUAAAGGAAAUACCUUAAUAAAAGCUAACUGUGUAAAAUAGAAUUAGUUCCUCAGUUUAAGUCUUAAACUCUAGUUCACUUGAGACAGACGGUGGAUCACCUGAAGCUCUCAGGUGUUGUCUUUCAUUAUUGGUCAAACUGUAUGUGUAUUCCUGUCCAAUUCCUUCUAGCUCAUUUGUGAAGUACAGAUUAUGUAUCCAUCACUGCACUAAUAAAGUUUGGUAAGUAACACUG